CAGCAUUUUGGGUGUGGUGUUGCACAGUGCUUUGACAAAGCCAUCAACGAUGGUAUUCUACUGGGAAUGUGGCGCCCAAGGGAGCUGGCAGCACCGGAGGUCCGGCGUAUAUAUUCCCUUUGUGACUUAAGUGUCUCGCGGGUCGUGACUGCCAAACUCCCCGCAUCUGCAAACAUCGCACCGACUUCCAUCUUUGCUGCUUCGUCAAUUACUUACUACUAGUAUCCCAAAGUGAAACCGACAAGCUCUCACAGAAUCAAGCAACAUACACCAUGACAGUCCAGAACAUUCUCAUCGUCGGCGCCACUGGACAGCAGGGUGGCGCUGUGAUCAAAGCCCUCCUCAAUCUCCCCCAGGCCUCGACCCGCUUUAACAUACUGGCCUUGACCCGCAACGCCCACUCCGAGAGGGCGAAGGCGCUCGCCGAAGCCCACAAAGGCACCGUGGAGCUUGUCGAAGGAGACAAUGCCGAUCCCGGCCCCAUCUUCGCGUCCAGACCCAAGGGUUCUAUUGACAGUGUGUUCAUCGUCACCGUGAUGAUGGGCAACAACGUCUCCGAGGAACAACAAGCAAUCCCCCUGAUCGACGCGGCCGUCGAGCACGGCGUGAAGCACAUCGUCUUCACUUCGGUCGACCGCGGUGGCGACGAGAAGAGCUGGACCAAUCCAACCCACGUCAAGCACUUCCUAACGAAGCACAACGUCGAACUCCACCUGCGCGACAAGGCGGAGAAGCAGCCCGGAAGGUUCACUUGGACAAUCCUCCGCCCGGUGGCAUUCAUGGACAACUUUGAGCCCGGCAUGAUGUGCACAAUGCUCACGGCUAUGUUGGCGGCCACGAUGAGCCCCGACAGGAAGCUGCAGCUGGUGAGCGUACGGGACAUUGGCCUCUUUGCCGCCCAGGCGCUUAGCGACCCCGCUAAGUGGUCUGGGAAGGCGGUCGGUCUAGCCGGAGAUGCGCUUACCCUUGCGGAGAUACGGGAGAAGUUUGCUAAGGUCACGGGCCAGCAAAUCCCGGAGGCUUGGACGAUCGUGGGCCGGGCGGCGCUGUGGGCUAUGAAGGAGAUGAAGGAUAUGCUGGAGUUCUUCGAGAAUGAGGGUUAUGGGGUUGAUAUUGAGGCGAGGAGGAGGGAGGUGCCCAUGCAGGACUUCGAGACAUGGCUCAGGGAAGAAAGCAAGUGGAUGAAGAAGUAAGGCCCCGGGACGCCAUGGCGUCUUUGUAUUAUUACUUCCAUUGGUCUUUGUCGGCGUUGCUGGGUUUUGCUUUUCUCUUAAUAGGUUUCCUCUCGAUCUUUCAGUAUCGCCAUCCGACCUAUCAUGCGGGGCGACAGAUCGGAAAGCAUACUAGUAGUAUGUUUUCUCGGCCCGUCGUCGCAUAUCAAAGGCAGAAUGUGAAAUCAUCACUACCACUGACUGUGAGCUUGGCUUGCUAGCAGUCUGUUCAGCCCUAUGGUGCGACAAAAGAGUGAUU